AUGAGAAUGGAACAGAGUCGUACAAAACAUCUAUUACAAGAACGUCGUCUUUUAUUUAGCAAGGCCAAAUUAAAAGCCGUUUCACGUACAAGUGCUCUACUAUCCGGUUUUGCUAUGGUUGCUAUGGUUGAAGUCUCACUAGAUGAUCAUAAACAAUCAAAGGCAUCAAUACCUUUAGUUACAGCUUAUUCAACAUUAACAUGUCUCGUAGUGGGUGUACAUCUUUUAGCUUUGAUGAUAAGCACAUGUAUAUUACCAUUGGUAGAAUCUGGUGAUCUUCUUGUUUAUGAAGAUCAUGAAACAAUGCAUAUUUAUGUUGAACUUGCUUGGAUUUUAAGUACUGGAUUUGGAAUAUUUUUAUUCCUAUUGGAAAUUGCUAUUGUGUGUUGGGUAAAAUUUUUUAUUUUAAUGCGUCCAGCAGCUAUUGCAGCAACAAUGAUUAUUGUACCAGUUAUUAUAUUAUUUUCUAUAUUUUCAUUACAUUUUUAUCGACAUCUUGUAUUUCAUAAAUUAAGCAAUAAACAUUUUUUACAAAGAAAGUAUAAUGAUGCUAUUCAUUGUUAUAAUCAAGCAUUAAAACAAAAUGGUGAAAAAGCAAUUUAUUACGUAAAUCGAGCAUUAUGUUAUAUAAAGUUAAAGCAAUGGGAUAAAGUUUAUCAAGAUGCUCGUCAUUGUCUUGAUCUCGAUCCAAAUUAUAUUAAAGCUCACGCAUAUUUAGGUCAAUAUUAUAUUGAACAACAAAGAUAUGAUGAGGCAAUAACAUGUUUUAAACAAGCGCUUGAAUUAAGCAAAAUUCAAAAUAAAAAUUUCGGUGAUGAAAUUCAACGAUUACUACGUUAUGCACAAAAACGUCGUUUUUCUCUUAUGGAACAAAAACGUAUUGAAAAUGAAAUAAGUUUACAAACAUAUCUUCGUUCAUUAAUACAAUCUGAUAAAGAACGACGUAUGCAAUCACGUAUUGAAAAAUAUUUAGAAGAAAAAGAUUCAACACAAUCAUCAACAAACGGUCUUUCGAUUUUAAAAUGUUAUUUAUCGAAAAUGACAAAUCAUCAUAAUCAACAAACAACAACAAAUCUUAGUUCAUUUGUUUCCGUUAGUCCAAAAAUAAUAACAACAACAAAUAAUGUUGAUAUGAAUAUUGUUAUUGAUCAACAACUUGAACAAGCAUUACAUGAAAUAGAACAGUUAACGGAUCAAUCAUUAAAUGAAAUGAAUAAUUUAUUUAAUGAAGUUGAUAUAAGAAGAAAACGACGUGAAAUACCUGAAUAUUUAACAUGUAAACUUUGCUAUGAUCUUAUGAGGGAUCCAGUGAUUACACCAUUUGGUAUUACUUAUUGCCGAUCAUGUAUCGAAGAAAAUCUCUAUAAAGUUAGUCAUCUUGAUCCAAUUGCUAAUAAACCACUUGUCGUCGAACAACUUGUUAAUAAUCUUGUACUUAAAGAAAUAGUCGAAAAAUUCAUUAAAGAAAAUGAAUGGGUUAAUUCCGAAUGUUUCUAG